UCUUUUCUUUUCUUUUUUUAUUUUAUGUUUUUUUUAUUUCACCCCAUAACAUUAUUUAUUUAAUUAUUAAAUUCAAUUUUUCUCUCCUCCCCCUCUUUUUAGGCUUCUUGACCAAAGCAGGCAGGCAGCAGCAUCCAUGGGUCUGCUGCUGCGCUUUAUCGUCUUCUUCCCAGAUCCCUUCGCUUUAAUAAAAAGUUUAAACUAUCCUCCCCCCAUUGGAGAAUGUAUUUAAAACUCUCGCCUUCGGAUUAAUUUUUUUUUCUUUUUUCUUUUUAAAUAAAUAAAAAGAAAAAAAUCAGUUCUUGCAGUGUAGUGGGAAGAAGCUUCCAGAAGGGAUUCUUGUUUCUGGUCGGAGAGCAAAAUGGGAAUCUGUACUUCCAAGCCCAAAGCCUCGCCGGAACCUAAUUCAGAUUUGUACGGCGCCGCCCCUAUUCCGGCGGAGAAUGCGAAUGAUUCGAGCAACCUCGACAAUCCCGACGCCGGUAAGAAGUCGCCGUUUCUGCCCUUCUUCUACAGCCCUAGCCCCGCCCAUUAUCUCUUCUCCAAGAAGUCUCCGGCGCCGGGGACGGCGGGGACGCCGAGGAGGUUCUUCAAGCGGCCAUUCCCGCCGCCGUCUCCGGCGAAGCACAUCAAGGCGGUGCUCGCACGGCGGCACGGCUCGGUGAAGCCGAACGGCGCCGCGAUUCCGGAGGGCAAGGAGGUCGGCGAAGGCGCCGGUCUGGACAAGAGCUUCGGAUUCUCGAAGAAGUUCUUCGACAAGUACGAGGUCGGCGAGGAGGUCGGGAGAGGACAUUUUGGAUACACCUGUCGGGCAAAGUUCAAAAAGGGGGAACUCAAAGGGCAGCCCGUUGCCGUUAAGGUCAUUCCCAAAUCGAAGAUGACGACUGCAAUUGCUAUCGAGGAUGUAAGGAAAGAGGUUAAGAUAUUGAGAGCUUUGACGGGGCACAGCAAUCUAAUACAAUUUUACGACGCUUUUGAAGACCACGAAAAUGUCUACAUAGUGAUGGAGUUGUGCGAAGGUGGCGAGCUUCUGGAUAGGAUACUUUCGAGGGGUGGCAAGUAUACCGAGGAAGAUGCAAAGGCUGUAAUGAUACAAAUAUUAAAUGUUGUCGCGUUCUGUCAUCUCCAAGGGGUAGUGCACCGGGAUCUUAAACCCGAGAAUUUCUUGUUUACGUCUAAGGAAGAAACGUCGCUAUUGAAGGCUAUAGAUUUCGGUUUAUCGGAUUUUGUGAGGCCAGACGAGAAGCUCAACGAUAUUGUCGGGAGUGCAUAUUAUGUGGCGCCGGAAGUUUUGCAUCGAGCGUACAGCACUGAGGCCGAUGUUUGGAGCAUUGGCGUAAUAGCGUACAUCUUGCUGUGUGGGAGCCGUCCUUUUUGGGCUCGAACUGAGUCGGGAAUCUUUCGUGCAGUUGUUAAAGCUGAACCGAAUUAUUGCGAAGAGCCUUGGCCGAAUCUGUCAUCGGAGGCAAAAGACUUCGUCAAGCGUCUGCUGAAUAAGGAUCCGAGGAAAAGAAUGACGGCAGCUCAAGCGAUUUGUCAUCCGUGGAUCAAACAUACCGUCAACAUAAAAGUGCCGUUGGAUAUACUGAUAUUUAAGCUUCUGAAAGCUUACAUGCGCUCUUCGCCUCUCCGGAAAGCUGCCUUGCGGGCUUUGUCGAGAACCCUGACUGCGGACGAGCUUUUCUAUUUGAAGGAGCAGUUCACGCUGUUGGAGCCGAACAAAAACAGCACGAUUAAUCUAGACAACAUCAAAUCGGCCUUGAAGAAGAACGCAACGGAUGCCAUGAACGAGUCGCGAACAUACGAUUUUCUUGCCUCGCUCAAUGCGCUUCAAUACAGAAGAAUGGACUUCGAAGAGUUCUGCGCGGCUGCAGUCAGCGUGUAUCAGUUGGAAGCGCUCGAUAGAUGGGAGCAACAUGCGCGAUGUGCGUACGAACUCUUCGACAAGGAUGGCAACCGGACUAUAAUGAUUGAGGAAUUAGCUUCGGAACUGGGUCUCGGCCCGUCUGUCCCCGUCCACGCCGUUCUCCAUGACUGGAUUCGACACACUGACGGGAAGCUCAGUUUCCUGGGCUUCGUGAAGUUGCUACACGGCGUCUCCACCAGGUCGCUCGCCAAAAUGCAUUAGCGCUCACUCGGGGCUUCCAUACGAACGGCGACUAGCAUCAUAUAUACCAGUAAAAGGCUGAUUGGAGGCAAUGUGAAUUACUCCCGACACCAUACGGGUUUGUAGCGAUGAAGCCGGUUUUCGAGCAACAGUGUUGUGUUGGUUUUGAAGAAAUAGAGAGUUUUAAUGCUUGGUAAAAAUUCUUAUGCACAACUGUGGAAUCUUCGAUUGGGUUGUGUGUGUGUUUUGAUUGCAUUUUCAUUCAGCUGGUUACUGAGGGAACAUCAUGUAUGUCUUAUUACAACCUUCUAACAUAACAUAA